CAGGCUUUCACCGGAAUAAUACCUCAGAGGAGGGGGACAAGAAUAUUUUUUAUAAAUUUUCUGUUUCCUGGCUGUAAUACCCGUUGGACAAAAAUACAUGAGGAUGUAUACGUGUAUUAACUGCGGAGUUGAGGUCAAGGAGUUGUACAGGAGGUACAGUCCAAGUGUCCUCAAGGUAUUGAAAUGCACAAAUUGUGGAAGCCUGGCAGACAAAUACAUAGAGUACGACCCGGUGAUAGUUCUCGUGGAUCUGGUGCUGCUGGAGAAGCCAGCGUAUAGGCAUCUCCUGUACAACAGCGAAUUCGAGUCCUACUGGAAGCUGAUGAUUGUCCUCCUGUUGGGUGAAUCCUACAGGGUGUGGGCGACGCACGACAGCUCCAACGAGCCCCUGAAGGCAGACAGAUUCGAGGGGGAGAGUGGCUUCUCCAUCCUGGUAGCUCAUACUGGAUUUUCUCUGGGUUUUUUCGCUGCAGCUGUCAUUCUGGGGACUGAGCUCAGGUGGUUACUCUCACAGAGACCCAAAAAAUAUCGAGCUACUGAUCUAGUUCGGGCUCUCAUCGUUGGUGGAUGUGCUAAACUCCUGGGGCUUCUUGGGCUUGUAUGGCAGCAUGUCUCUCAUGAUCUUCAUUAUGCUCUCAUCCAUGGGUACACUAUGCUCUGCCUCCUUACAGCUUAUUCAGUUGUCUGCGAGAGCGGAAGAGGUGGAUCACUGAUUGGUUUAGCUGCUGGAUUACUGGCGCAUAAUUACGUAUCAACUUGGGUGUGGCUGCCAUCAGCUAGCCAGAACGUUACACUAGUACAGAAUAAUAUUCGAAGCUAAUUCAACGAAUUGUGAUAUGAAGUUAUGGGGUAGAGGAUGGAGGUUCAAGCAUCUUUCACAGGAAGCACGCUCCAGCCAAGAACUAGUCUGUCGAAUCCACAGGAGAAUAAAUUGCAGGAUGCGUUUGAAUCUUCUGCCCAGGCCACCGAGCACACCAUCCUGCGAUGACCCUGAUAAACGAAAUUAAUAUAAACUGUAAAUACCAAUGCCAGAUUAAAAGAACAGCAGAUAUCUCCAAGAACUUCCACUUGUGCUGAAUAAAUCAGUUGAUAAAAA